AUAAUAUUCUUCUUCCGAUAACCCACGACGAGCCAAAAAGUAAAGAAGGAACAAAGAAGAAUCCGAUCAAGUUUCAAAGGCGUCUCCGUACUCGUCUCCUUUCUCUCGGUCUAUCCUUUCUGUAACUUUUCUUUGAUCUGCGUGGGGAUUAAGGAUCGAUCGGGCUCGCUUCCGCUGCGAUGGAGGAUGGGGCGGCGACGAAGGAGGCGACCGUCGCCGGCGCCGGCGAGACGAUGUCGGACGCGGAAGGGUACGCAUCGGAGAAGAGCGGGCGGGAGGUCGAGUACUUCGGCUGGGUCUACCACCUCGGAGUCAAUUCCAUCGGUCACGAGUACUGCCACCUCCGCUACCUCGUCCUCAAGGGGACGUACGUCGCCAUGUACAAGAGGGAGCCGGGCAACCACCGCGGCAUCAAACCAAUUAGGAAAGGAGUUGUAAAUCAUACUCUUGUGGUGGAGGAGCUAGGACGGCAUAAUUUCAAUAACGGGGAAUUUUACGUUCUGAGGUUUUACAAUCGAUUGGACCAAACAAAAAAAGGAGAAAUUGCUUGUGGUUCUGCUGGAGAGGCACGCAAGUGGAUUGAGGCAUUUGAACAGGCUAAGCAACAGGCUGAGUACAAUCUUCUGAGAGGGAGUAGCCGGCACAAACUUAGCAUAGACAACGAGCUUAAUCUUGAAGGGCACCGACCCCGAGUCAGACGAUAUGCAAAAGACUUGAGAAAAAAGCUUAUCAAAAUUGGUAAAGGCCCAGAAAUGCUUAUUCGGCGGUCUUCAGGUCUUGGGAGUCAUUUGAGGAGAGAGACAUAUAUUGAAGCAGAUGUGGAAGAUGUGAUUGAAACACAUAAGUGGCGAUGUGUCCGUACUGUUAAUGGUAUUAGAAUUUUUGAAGAUGUCACUAAUUUAAAGGGUGCAAGAGGUUUGCUUCUUAAGUCUGUUGGUGUCAUUGAAGCAAAUGUGGACACUAUCUUUGAAGUUGUUCUGAGCCUUGAUAGGCACAAGAGAUAUGAGUGGGAUAUGUUGACAGGUGACCUUGAGUUAGUGGAUUCAGUAGAUGGGCACUAUGAUGUUGUUUAUGGAACAUAUGAACCCACACAACUUAACUGGUGGCGUUCAAAGAAAGAUUUUGUAUUCUCUAGACAGUGGUUUCGUGGGCAAGAUGAGUCAUAUACAAUUUUACAGUUUCCUGCUGUUAACAAGAAACGACCUCAAAGAUCUGGUUAUCAGCGAACAAAAAUCAAUCCUUCAACAUGGGAAAUCAGAAGGCUAAACACAUCAGAUUCUUCCACUGCAAAAUGCCAAGUAACUCUUAUGCUUGAAGUCCCUGCCAAAUCUUGGGGUAUAUGGAGGAGAAACCAAUACUCAAAUUUUGAUAGAACCAUCCCUUAUGCUUUACUUUGCCAAGUAGCAGGAUUAAAAGAAUAUUUUGGUGCAAAUCCUGCGUUAACAUCAUAUUCACCAUCAACAAUUGUGGAUUCACCAAUAUCUGAUUCUUCAAAUGCCCAUACUGAAUUCAAGGAUUCUGAGGUUGAUGAAGAGUUCUUUGAUGCAAUUGCCAGUAGCGACGCCUUGGAAGAUGAAGAUAGUGAUGACGAGAUUGAGCUCCCCAAGGCCGGAAAUAUGAAGCUGAAGAAUGUGUCAUGGGCCAUGUUAGCUUUGAAAAGAAGUAAAGCUGUAUUGGAGAGAAGCGAAUUAGAUGCCAACUCUCCAUCUAUUAUCAUUGAUCCAAGUCAAUUUCAUGGUUCUAUGCGACAAGGUAAAGGGGAAACAGACACCAAUUGUUGGAGUUCUCCAAGUGGACAAGGAUUUAUGAUAAGAGGGAAGAACUACUUAAAGGAUUACUCUAAGAUAGUUGGAGGAGAUCCUCUUUUGAAACUUAUUGGAGUUGACUGGUUCAGGGCUGAUAAUAGUAUUGAUAAGGUUGCAUUGCAUCCCAAGAGCUUCAUUCAGUCAGAAGCCGGAAAAAGGCUCCCAUUCAUUCUCAUAAUAAAUUUAGAGAUUCCCUCAAAACCAAACUACAGUUUGGUUCUUUAUUAUGCUGCAGAAAAGCCCAUAAACAAAGAGUCCUUGUUGGGCAGAUUUUUAGAUGGAACUAACAUGUUUCGAGACUCAAGAUUUAAACUUAUACCAAGAAUUGUAGAGGGGUAUUGGAUGGUCAAACGUGCAGUAGGAUCUAAAGCAUGCUUGUUAGGCAAAGCAGUAACUUGCAAGUAUCUCCGCCAAGAUAACUUUCUAGAGAUAGAUGUAGAUAUUGGCUCCUCAUCAGUUGCAAGGAGUAUAAUCAGUUUAGUUCUUGGAUACAUCACGAGCAUUGUUGUUGACCUUGCAAUCCUGAUUGAGGCAAAGGAGGAGGAAGAGCUCCCUGAAUACAUUCUCGGGACAGUUCGAUUGAACCGUGUGAGGGUGGAGUCUGCAGUACCAUUUUGGGAUGAGUCAUAACUUUUGUAUCGGAUCAUCCAUUGAUGUGUCUGAUGAGCAACUUCUGGUUCGUUUCGGCCUGCAUCAAGAGUGAUGAAUUCUUCCUACCUAAACAUUUGUAUUUUCUCAUUGAAAUGCCUGACGGCAGUGGAGAUUCUUUUUCUGUACUUGUUUCAUGUUCAAAUAUGUAUAUAGUCAGAACUGCUAUUUAUGUAUUCUCCAUUGUAAUGGCACAUUGUUGAUUCUUCUCUCGUCAUAUAAUAUAUCUAUAGCAUGUUUUAUAA